AUGGCCACAAAGAAAAAGGUUUUAUUAAAAGUUAUCAUUUUAGGUGAUUCAGGUGUUGGUAAAACAUCUCUCAUGAAUCAAUAUGUAAAUAAAAAAUUCAGCAAUCAAUACAAAGCAACCAUUGGUGCUGAUUUCUUAACAAAAGAAUUAAUGGUCGAUGACAGAGUUGUCACCAUGCAAAUUUGGGAUACAGCUGGUCAAGAACGUUUCCAAUCAUUAGGUGUUGCUUUCUAUCGUGGUGCUGAUUGUUGUGUAUUAUGUUAUGAUGUCAAUGUUGCCAAAACAUUUGAAAAUCUUGAUUCAUGGAGAGAUGAAUUUUUAAUUCAAGCUGGUCCACGUGAUCCAGAUAAUUUCCCAUUCGUCGUUUUAGGUAACAAAAUCGAUUUAGAGAAUCAACGUGUUGUUUCACAAAAGAGAGCAGCAUCAUGGUGUCAAAGCAAAGGUAACAUUCCAUACUUUGAAACUUCUGCCAAAGAAGCCAUCAAUGUUGAACAAGCUUUCCAAACCAUUGCUAGAAAUGCUAUUAAAUUAGAAGAUGGUUUAGUUUUCCCAAUUCCAACUAAUAUUCAAGUCAUUCCAGAACCACAACCAGCUAAAUCAGGUUGUUGUUAA